UUUUGUGUGUACACGGGGCAUGUAAACAAACCCGAUGUUUGUAAAUAAACGUGGAAACCGCAAACAUCAUCUACCAACCAAAACAUCUCAGAAAACAAUUGAAGAAAAAUGAACGAGCAAACGUUUAUUGCCAUCAAGCCCGAUGCUGUUCAACGUGGACUCAUUGGUGCUAUCAUUUCAAGAUUUGAAGUUAAAGGAUAUACGUUGAGAGCCAUGAAACUUAUUGUUCCCUCUCGUCAGUUGGCUGAAGAACAUUACGCCGAACAUAAGGGAAAACCCUUCUUUGAACCCCUCGUUUCUUUCUUGACUUCAGGUCCCGUUUGUGCAAUGAUCUGGGAAGGAAAAGAAGUCGUGAAAACUGGACGUGUCAUGCUCGGUGCUACAAAUCCUCUUGCCUCGGCUCCUGGCACUAUUCGUGGUGAUUACGGUGUCGAUGUGGGUCGUAACGUUUGUCAUGGCUCCGACUCUGUCGAAAGUGCCAAACGCGAAAUUGCCCUUUGGUUUGAGCCAUCCGAGGUUCUUUCUUUCGAACGCACUAUGCAACCUUGGUUGUACGAGUAAAGGAUUAUCAUGUAGUAGUAUUCGCACUAGUUCCUUGUUUCAAUGAAGAUUAGCUGAAUGAAUUGAAUUCAUCUAUGCACAUAUUCACUGCAUACGAACGUAAAGGCAUGGUGUUCAUAAUCCCC